AUGUCAAAUAAAAGAAAAGGUGAAAAUGAUAAUGAUGUAUCAUCUAAAUAUACAAAGAUAGUUGAUCAAGUUAGUGAUGAAGUUUUUGAAGAACUUAAUCAAAAUACAUUAAAGAAACUCGUGUUAUCAUUUGAAAAGAAAUAUAAUAAUAACCAAGAAAUGCGUUUAAAGUAUUCUAAACAACCUGAAAAAUCUAGCAAAACAAUUAAUAACUUUAAAAUUGAUUAUUACAAAAAAACUAGAUUUAUGGACAGUGAAAUAGAGUUAUAUGAAGAGAUUAAAAAGUUACAGAUCAUCGCCACAGCACCAGAGUUGUAUCCUCUCUUUAUUAAACUGGGGUCGGUUACAUCGUUGGGAUCACUUUUACUACAUGACAACACCGAUAUCGUUAUUGAUACAAUCGAUCUGUUUCAAGAGUUGACCGCACAGGAAUCACCUACACAAGAUGAAUCUCUAUCUUUAACAAACAGUAUUUUUGAAAAUGGUAUAUUAGAGGUAUUGGUUCAACAGACAUUUGACAAAUUAGAAUGUAGUAAUCCCGAUGAACAACAAGCAGUACACAACAUUCUUAAUAUAUUUGAGAAUCUUUUAGAGGUAAAGCCACUGGAAACAUCCAAAAUACUUGUUGAUAAAUCAAAUGUAUUCAAAUAUAUUCUAGACACUAUUUCAAAUAAAUCGACACCAUUACCAAUUAGAUUAUAUUGUUGUGAGAUCUUAUCAAUUAUAUUACAAGAGUACGAAGAAAGUAGAACAGAGUUUGGUAAAAAAGAUGGAAUCGAAAGAUUAUUAAUUGUUAUAUCUGCAUAUAAAAAGAAAUCACCAGAAUCAUUGGAGGAGAGUGAAAUGGUAGAGAAUAUAUUUAGUUCGCUCUGUUCUUGUUUAUUUAAUCAUCGUAAAAACAAAGAGUUAUUUAUAAAGUCUGAGGGUAUUGAGUUAAUGUUGUUAUUUAUCAAGAAUAAAACAACACUCAGAAGUUCUGCACUCAAAGUAUUCAACUAUGCAUUGUCCGAUGACAGAGUAUGUUGUGAAAGAUUCGUAGAUCAACUCGGUCUCAAGACUUUGUUUUCAUCUCUAAUGAAAAAAGUAAAGUCAAAGCAUAACAAAAAGGUUUAUAAUGAAUCAGAGGAUGAAGAGCAUAUAAUUACUACGAUAUUCUCAUUGUUGUUCAAUCUUGAGAAACGAUCGGAGCGAUACAACAGAGUAGUUUCAAAGUUUACAGAGAAUCAGUUUGAGAAGAUCGACAGAUGCUUUGAGCUAAUCGACAAGUACACGAAAAGAUUGGUUGCACUUGAGAACGAUUUGAAACAAGAAGAGGAUGAAUACGAUGAAGAUGAAUUGUUUUUAAAGAGAAUCGAUGCAGAUACCUCAAUGAAACAAAAGAAUAUCAGUAAGAAUAACAUUAGACAAGUAUUAAUAGAGUAUAGAGAUGGACUUGAUGAUACAACUGAAGAAAAGAGAAAACAAAUUGACUAUAUACGUGUAUCAAAUCAAAUGAAGAGAGAAAAACCAAACCAACUUGACAUAUAUAUGCAUACUUUUAUAUUAAAUAUCAAUAUGACGAUAACUUCCAAAUAA